UUUAAAAAAAGUCCAAAUUUUAUUCUUAAUAUUUUAAUUAAAAUGGAAGACCCUCGCAAACGAGAACUGGAUAAGUUGAUUACUUCUUUUCUUUACUUAAAGGAAACAAAAAUGUUCCAUAUUCGGCAGAUCAAGUAUGAAAACAUGUGCCUAUAUCAAAGUGUGGUCAAUAAGGAAAUGAACCACAAAAAGAUUGAUCACUUGGGAAAAAUAUCGGACUAUAAGAACCUAUUGAAGGAAACCCAGCGAAAGAUGAAGAAAAUGCAGUCCACCAUUCAGAAAUUUCAAGAACUGAAUUCAGAACUUAAGGAUACCAUGGGUUUCCAGUUGGCAACUAAACUUAUUGAGGAGAAUACCGCUAUGGAAGAAAAUUUACUGAACGCUGAUACAGAGGAAAUGCUGAGUAAUUUGGAAGACUUAAAAAUUGCGGAACAGUCUUCCCCCUCCUAAAAACAUAAUUGCUUCUUCAGUGUAAGAGGAGUAUGAGGUCGUUUAAUGGACCAUUUUAAUGGAUUAUUGCAAAAUAAAUUGUAGCUAUUCAGGCAGUAA